AUGGAUUCUGGAGAGACCUUGCCACUGAGCGAGCAGGCCGAGUGGUCGGACGUGGUCCCGUUGACUCAGGACGAUGGGCCGAAUCCGGUGGUUCCGAUCGCUUACAAGGAAGAGUUCCGAGAGACUAUGGAUUACUUCCGCGCGAUUUACUUCUCCGACGAGCGAUCUCCUCGCGCACUGCGAAUCACGGAAAAAGCUCUCCGCGUAAACUCCGGGAACUACACAGUAAUGAUUCUUCGAUGCUUUGUAGAAUGCUUGAUACUUGUUCUUCUGAGCUCUAGUACUGUUCUGAAGUGGGAAUUUGAUUGGAAGCGCCUUGUACUCGAGGAGCUUAACCACGACUUGUAUGGAGAACUCGAGUUCAUUAAAAGCCUCGCUAACGAUAACUCUAAGAACUACCAAUUAUGGCAUCAUCGUCGAUGGGUCGCUGAGAAAUUGGGUCCUGAUUUUGCAUGGAAGGAACUUGACUUUACUCGGAGGAUACUUUCACUUGAUGCCAAACAUUAUCAUGCUUGGUCACAUAGGCAGUGGGCACUACGGGCAUUAGGAGGAUGGGAAACGGAGCUUGAUUACUGUCACGAGCUCCUUGAAGCUGACGUCUUUAACAAUUCUGCGUGGAAUCAGAGGUAUUACGUUAUUACUAGAUCUCCUUCUUUGGGAGGCCUAGAAGCUGUGAGAGGAUCUGAAGUAAGCUACACAGUCAAAGCCAUUUUAGCCAAUCCUGAAAACGAGAGCUCUUGGAGAUACCUGAAAGCUCUUUACAAAGACGACAGAGAGUCCUGGAUUAGCGAUCCCAGUGUUUCCUCAGUCUGUUUGAGUGUUCUCUCGCGCAGGGAUUGCUUCCAUGUGUUCGCUCUGAGCACCCUUUUGGAUCUUCUAUGCGACGGAUUUAGACCAACGAGCGAGCACAGAGACUCGGUGAAAGCUCUGGCUAAUGAAGAACCAGAUACUAACUUGGCCAAUUUGGUAUGUACCGUUCUCUGUCGUGUUGAUCCUAUAAGAGCUAACUAUUGGGCAUGGAGGAAGAGCAAGAUUACAGUGGCAAUGUGA